AUGGAGUUUAGUCCCCUGGCACACCUAAUUCCCAGUUACCGUCUUAUUCGUGAUCCUCAGCAGAUGGUGUGGGUCCUAAAAAGAAAUCGGUUAAUAGCAGUUCCUUUUGGCAGCAGUGUCAAACCUGGGACAUGUACAGCCACGGACUUUUACUGUAACGGAAAAGGUACUCCAUAUUACCUGGGAAUCAAGGAGCAAACUCUCUGUCUCUGCUACACAGAAUUCCAGGGCCAGCCUACUUUGCAGCUUAAGGAGGAAAAUAUCAUGAACCUAUGUGGGAACUUCAAAGGGCAGGAGCCCUUUCUCUUUUACUGCAGCGAGGAGGGCUCCACGUUCGUCUUUCAGUCAGUCUCCUGCCCAGGCUGGUUCAUAGCUACCUCCUCCAUGGUGGAGCAGCCCGUCACUCUCACCAAGGAGGGAGGCAAAACCAAAAACACUAACUUCUACUUAGAGGGUGAAAACUAA